GAAAAAUUGAGCGUGUCUACGCUUGCUAGCGGUGCGUGAAAAUUGUUUAAAACUAACAAAUAUGUAGUGAAAAUAUUAAAAAUAAUCAACGCACUACUUAGCUGGGCUACUGCGCGUUGAAUAAGCAAAAGAAAAAAAAUGUGACGCGUAUUAUGCGUACAACUUUCCACCAAAGAAAAAGAAAAUUAUAUCCUUGCCCACGCAGGAUAGCCGUGCAAAGCAAACACGAAAAUAAUACCAAGCCGAAUGCUAUUUGCCGCAAUCAUAACAGUGAAAUACAAAUUGAAAAUAAAGCGGUGUAUGAAAUGCAUUUUUGAUUAAAAUAAGUGAAAUGUGCAGCAUGCAACAACGCGUUGUAAAGUAAAAGGCGAAGCAGAGAAGAACAAACAAAACCAACAAACACAACACAAGCCAACAAACGCAACGAGAGUGAGCGAGUCAGCGAAGGAGGGCGACAGUCAGUAAGAAAGAGACAGUAAACACUCUGCACUGCCGUCGUCAACGUUAGCGUCGCAGUCGCAGUCGCAGUCGCUGUUGGAGUCGGCGUCGGAGUCGGAGUCGCGUCUGCCGCUCAAAACAAAUUAUCGUUUAAUUUCUUUCGUUUUUGCACAAACCGAAACCGGGUGACUUUUGUGCCUUCUGCAUCCACAGCCACAGCCACAGCCACCGACAUCACCAACCACCCGCGCGUGUCUUUUAUCAGCCAUUGAUAACUGACUAACUGGCAGCAAAGCAGAGGUCGCCGCUCUGUGUCAUGUUUGGCUAAAGUUAUGCGUAUAUUGCAAAGGGCAUUCUCACUGCUCACUCAUUUCUUAGUCUAAAUGAAAAUUAAAUAAUUUUCGUGUGUGUGAACAUAUUUAGACAGCAGACUUUGCCCAAACUUAACGCAAGGAUAAAGCCACCGUGUAAAUACUCGAAAGCUGCUGCUAGUCGGAGAGUAGACAACUGCAACAACAAUGUCUAAGCACACAGACAACGAUAAUCUGCGCAAUGACAUCUACGAGAAUCUGCCCUGUCAGGCCAUGUAUAAUGAAUCCGUGCGCAAAAUGCAGCACCAGCAACAACAGCAGCAGCAACAUCAUCAGAAGUCCUCACAGGCUGGCGGGCAGCCGUUGCUGAACCACAUCGGCAAUAGUAAUCCGAAUGCCAACUCCAAUUCGUUGGGCAACUGCAAUUCGGGGCCGGGGAACAACAAGCAGCAUCACGCUGGCAACAUGCCCAAGGAGAUGCUCUAUGCGACGCCGCUGCGUAAGUCGGAUCGUUACAAGAGCAGCGAACGGAGUCGACAUGGUGUGGCCAUGGAGGCAGCAUCGACUGACGCCAAACUGUCCAAUUUGCGGGACUCGAAUCGAUUGGCCAGUGCGCGCAAUGGCAAUCCCGUCCAGGUCACUGACUUGGAUGCCAAUGAUGAGGAGGAGCAGGUGGAACGCGAAACGGAUGCCAACGCUUCCACUAGUGCCUUGGUCGGCGGCUCCAAAUACAGCAAUCAGCCGGCUUCGCUGGGCGCCGGCAGCACGCCCAAUCAGCAGCUGGAGGAUCGACGCAUACUCAACUUUCUGAAAGACACCACGCAGGCGCACAAGAAGUUGGAGAUUAGCGGCCGAGAUUGUCCCAAUGCCAGCUUCUCGAAUUUGGCUCGUGAAGAGCACUUUGCCAAUCUGGUGCAGCAGAACUUUGCACUCGAGCUGGCACCCACUAAUGGCGCUACAGGCAGCUCCGCGCCCGAGGAGGAUGGCUUAGAGCUGGACAAGCAGCAGAAGCAGCCAACGCAUGAAACAGCCGCCAAUUUGGAGUCGCUGAUGCAACGAAAACACUCGCCGGACAAGGAAGUCAAUGGGCUAGCUCCAUUGGAGCCCAGUAAUCAUCGCAUCGUAAGCACAGUCUAUAUACAUCGAGAGUGGGUGCUAAAGAAGAUUGCGCUGUGUCUGGAACAGCGGACGGCUGGCAAGAAGCCCAUGCCGGUUGCCCUAGGCGCAGCUAGCGCUAGUUAUGUGUCAGCGCGUGCCAAGGCGGCUGCCAUAUCGAGCUCCAGCUACAAUGGCUGCCUGGUGCUGGGCUCCAAUGGCUCCGGAAAGACCUCUAUUUGUCAGGCUAUCAUGAAGGGCAACUCAGGCACCAAGGGCAUACUCAAUCGCAAGCUGCUGGCAUGCUAUUUGAUCGAGUCGCAGAAUCCCGAGUGCCAUAGCCUUUCGCUGUUCAUGCGAAAGAUUGUGCUGCAGCUGCUCAGCCAUGCUUCGCUCAUAACCCGAGAUGAUAGCCAGAAGAUUAUAGAUGAGGGCUUUUCCUUUCUGCGCGAGGAAGCGCAGCAGCAGGAAUCCAAGCUGGAUGAGGCAAUGAAUAAUAUAACACUCAGCGAGAAUGCCGAAGAGCUGCUCAUCGAGGAGCUCAAGCGCGGAGCCAGCGAGUGCGAUACCAAGGAGCUGGAUAUGUUUGAAAAACGGCGCACUUCAACUACACAGAAGCCGAGCAAAUCGAGCCUAACGCGGCAACAAUCGGAACCGGCGCCAGCUCAAAAGCAGCUCUCGCCGGAUCUGGCAGAUCUGGUCGAGAGGCCCGGUAACAACAACUAUGGCACACAUCCUCCGAAGCGUGGUGGAAACACAGUCGUUCAGGAACGGGGCGAACAGGACAAGGACACGGGCAGCGAAAAAGAACAAAAGCAAAUACUGGAACAGAAAGAAAAGGAGAAGGAAAAGGAUACUGCUAAAAGCAGUCCUGUCAAGUCCAAGUCGAAGAUACCAGUGAAGCGUGGUCGUACCGGCAGCGGCGUCUCAUCGCCGGCAAAGCAGGUGACCGCCACAGCUACCAAUAGCAACGGCCAAGCAAUACAGCAGGGCGGCGGUGAGGAUAUAGCCGACUUAGUCAGCGAGCAGCUGAAGAGUGAGAUCGAGGCGGCCAUCAAGGAUGAGAAACAGGAGAAGCACAACGAAGACAAGCCGGAGGCGGACAAGAAAUCAACAAUACAGGAGCCACAGGAAGAGCAGACUCAACCGCAAGCAACAAAUGUGGAGCCGGAAAAGGCAGAGGAAGAGCCGCUCAUCGACUUUGGUGCCAGUGCGGAGCGUGUGGAAUUGCCCAAGGAGAUGACACCUACAGCCGUAAAUAUACCACCCAUUCCUGGCGAGAAACCAAAGAUAAAGAACAGCACCAACACAUUGCCACCACCGCUGCCCAAGACCAAGAGCUGUCGGACGAUCAUUGCCGAUGGCUACUACGAGCUGCUGAUGUCAAAUCCAGAAAUGCUGGAGUGCCUCAGCGUGGACAGCAUUGAGAAAAAUCCCGAUGAAUGCUUUAAGAAGGCGCUACUCUUUCCACUGCUCGAGCUGACGCCACCAAAGACCGCAUUACUGCUGCUCAUAGAUUCCAUCGAUGAGAACUACAUCAAUGAGGGGAAUCUUAUAUCCACGCUGAAGGGUGGCCGUGGCACUGUGACCACUCACAAGAGUCGCAACGUGGCCGAGCUGCUCUCGAACCACAUACAUCUCUUCCCCAAGUGGUUGUUCCUGGUGUGCACCACCAAGAAGCAGACGAAGCAAAUAACCAAAAUGUUUACUGGCUUCAAGAAGAUAACACUAGAUGAUCUGCGCAAAUCACAUGUCGUUAAGGAUGUCCAGGAGUAUAUUAUAAAUCGUUUGAAUUCCGAUUUUAAAGACAGCAUUAUGCUAACUAAGGAGAUCAUCGAAUCGCUGCAUCAGCUCUAUAUCAAAUCGAAUGGCUGCAUAUUAUACCUGGAAAAGGUGCUGCAUGGCAUCAAGGACAACUUCUUCAGCUUUCGCGAGAUCAAGCUUAUACCCUGCACCCUGAACGGCCUUUACUUGUACAUCUGCCAGAAGUCCUUCAAUAAGAAGCAGUACAUGAAGAUACGGCCGCUACUUAAUGUGCUUCUCGCCUCCUCCGGCUAUGUGGACAAGCUCUUCCUCUUCAAUUGUUUGCGCACCCACAACUAUACCAUCGAUGGCCACGAGUUCGAGAAGCGUCUGCAGCUCAUGCGCAAUAUUUUGGCGUAUGAUGCCAAUGCGCAACGCUUAAAGAUUUUCCACAGCUCCUUCGCAGAUUGGCUGGUGGAUGUGAAGUUCGCAACCAAAAAGUUUAUCUGCGAUGUGAACGAGGGCCACGUUAUGAUCUCCAUGUACUACCUUCUAGUGGCGGAUACACUAUGCGCUAAUACGGUUCGAUGCUUCGCCUAUCAUCUCAUCAAGUCCGGCGAGUAUCUGACCAGCCGGCAUGUCGAUCUGGAUCUCAUCUUGAUGCUACUUGAGUCACGCUUGAACCUGAGCGAUUGCUUCUACACAAAUCAUUUGAACUGCUGCGCUCAGUGCGAGCACGACUUUAAGAACGAUGUCAACUUUUUACCCAAGACGCGAUCUAUGCUGGACCGUUUUCUCACCAACGAGCUGAGCGAACCGUUUGCCCAAUUCCUAUGCGAUUUUUUCAAGCCGAGCCUUCCUACGGAUGCCAAGAUGCUGAAGCUGCUCAUCGAGACGGGCAUCAACAAUGCCGACACCCAAAACUCCUCCGAGUCAUCAUUAAUGUCGCCGGAACUGUCAGAGAAAUCACAAAAUAUUGACUUUGAGCUGGCAGAUCUGCUGUUGUCCAGCGAGAAGAGUUGCCUACUGGAGACGCAGCGCACGAUGAGUCCCUCGGAGCAGAGUGAACCGCCGCAUGAGAGCCAAGAUGAGAACGCCUCAAGCACGUUGCAUCAGCUGUCCGAUUCGCAUCACAUUGAGCUGCAUAAGGGCAAGGCGUUGAUCCAUAUCCUCGCCAACGAUGGCAAUCAUCAUCUGCUGGAACGAGCUCUCAAUGCCUGCAAGAGUCCCAUUGACUUGGAGAUUGAGGACUAUAACGGGCAGACAGCUCUCAAUAUAGCCUCGAGGAAUGGCCAUCUGGAGGUAGUCAAGCUGCUGCUUAGCUUCUCGCAACCUUGUAACGAUGGUACUGGACGCAUGAAGCGUGUGGAUGUCAACCAUGCGGAUCGCGAUGGCUGGACACCAUUGCGCUCCGCCUCGUGGGGUGGACACAGCGAGGUGGUCAGGCUGCUCAUAGCGCAACCCGCCUGCAAGAUCGAUCUGGCCGAUAAGGAAGGACGCACUGCACUGCGCGCUGCAGCCUGGAGCGGGCACGAGGACAUCUUGAAACUGUUGAUUGAGUCGGGCGCCGAUGUCAAUUCUGUGGAUCGCCAGGGACGCACAUCGCUAAUUGCUGCCUCAUACAUGGGCCACUAUGACAUUGUAGAGAUUCUACUGGAGAAUGGCGCCAAUGUCAAUCAUCUUGAUCUAGAUGGACGCAGUGCACUGUGUGUAGCUGCCCUGUGCGGCUCCUCGGGCUACAGCAAAGUCAUCUCCACGCUGCUGGAUCAUGGCGCUAACACUGAUCAGCUGGACAACGAUGGCAUGUCGCCACUGCUGGUCAGUUCGUUUGAGGGCAACGCCGAGGUGUGUGAACUAUUGCUAGAGAAUGCUGCCGACCCUGAUCUGGCUGACUUCAUGGGCCGUACACCUCUGUGGGCCGCCUGCACGGCGGGUCAUGCAACUGUCGUGAGACUGCUGCUUUUCUGGGGCUGCGGCAUAGAUUGCAUGGACUCAGAGGGACGCACGGUGUUAAGCAUUGGGGCUGCCCAGGGCAAUGUGGAAACGGUGCGCCAACUGCUGGACCGUGGACUAGACGAGACGCAUCGCGACAAUGCUGGCUGGACUCCAUUGCAUUAUGCUGCCUUUGAAGGUUUUCACGAGGUGUGUCUGCAGCUGCUGGACUCGGGUGCCAAGAUUGAUGAGUGCGACAAUGAAGGCAAGACGGCACUGCACCUGGCCGCACAAGAGGGACGUCUUCGCUGCGUGCAGACCCUGCUGGACAUACAUUCCAGUUUUGUGGAUCAGAAAGCCCAUGAUGGCAAGACCGCUUUCCGCCUGGCCUGCCUGGAGGGCCACAUGGAUACGGUGGAGUUUCUGUUGAAGUUUUGCUGCGAUGUCAACUCCAAAGAUGCCGAUUCGCGCACCACUCUUUAUAUUUUGGCAUUGGAGAACAAGCUCGAUACUGUCAAAUACCUGCUGGACAUGACCAAUGUGGAUGUUAACAUACCCGACAGCGAGGGACGUACUGCGCUGCAUGUGGCCGCCUGGCAGGGCCAUGCUGACAUGGUGAAAACUCUGAUCGAGGCGGGCGCCGAUGUCAACUCAAUGGACCUGGAAGCGCGAACUCCGCUCCACUCGUGCGCCUGGCAGGGCAAUCAUGAUGUUAUGAAUAUACUGCUGUACUAUGGUGCCCUGGCGGAUCAUGCCUGCAAGCAGGGUGCCACAGCGCUGGGUAUUUCCGCUCAGGAGGGUCAUGAGAAGUGUGUCAUUGCGUUGUUGCAGUAUGGAGCUAAUCCCUACAAGUCGGAUCACUGUGGGCGCACACCCAUUAAGCUGGCGGCCAAGUCUAGUCGCAGCAGCAUCCUCAAGAUCUUUGAAAGCUAUACCAAAAAUGAAGCUAGUAAUCCCAAUGAAGCAAAAUUCCAUGCCAGCAUGCUGCGCUCUCCGGACCAGCCGCCGGCACUGCCCUUGCACCAAAACCUAGCUCCGUAUCCAGCACAUGCCUCCGCUUCCUCGGUUUGCUCGGCAGCAACCACUGCAACGGUGCACAAUGGCAGCAAUUUGCAGGCUCUGAAUGCCUCCAGUUCCACGCACAGCUCGAACAACUUUUAUCAGAACACAAUGCAAUCAGAUACGAGCAGCUUGCACAAGCGCAAGAGCGUCAUCUCUAGUCAAUCAACGGGCAGCAGCAACGAUCAGGCGCCGCUCACCUUUACUCAGCAAUUGCAGCGACAAAGCAAGCUUAGCUCACGCAACAAUCUGAUGGUCAACUCAAAGCACGCUUCAAGCUCUGCCGCAGCGGCUCACAAAUCUAGCAUCAACGGUGGUGCAGGCGCUCAUCAGCGCCACUCCCAAGUGCUGCCCGAUCUCAGCGAGCAUCAGCUGGCAAGCAACAUGACAAACGAGGCAGACCUGUAUGACAUGGAAUGCAUGUCACCUUUGUAUGCCACGCCUCCACACUCGCCCAGUAGCGAGCUGAGCUCACCAGGCCAGCUGCCAGCAUUAAACGCCUUUGUGGAUGAUGAUCGUGCUGGACCCAGUGGUGGCAGCUCAAAGCCCGGAUUGCCCGAUAAUCAUUUUGCCCGGGAUACCCAUAUGCGUAUCAUUUUAGGCAACCUCAAGGAGAAUCAGCCUAGCUCAUCGAGCAAGAGCAAACGCAGCGGCGUCUCAAGUAAUCCAGCAAUGCGGCUUAUUCGCAGUCGCUUCGAUUCGGCAGCACAACUCAUCAGGCGCACCAACAACAUGCUCUCCUCCAACAGUAACCAGGGUUCGUCCAGCAUUGGUGUCAAGUCGGGAACCUUUCAAUGGCGCAAGGAGAGUCAAAUGUAAACCCAGAUGCACCGACACAGACAUACACUCAAUUAGACAGUAGCUCGUUCUUGACUUUAUUGAGUUUAUACUUUAUAUGAAGAAGUAUUUGUUUUUUUGUGAUAGUUUCAAUUUUAGUAUACACACGUAUUAUGUAUUCUUAUUUCGAUAAUUAAAAAUACAUCUAGACCUAUUGCAAAAUUGUAGUUUAAGGCACGCGCAAAG